AUGCCACCAAAGAAGAAAGGAGUUGUUGAGAAACCAGUUUUAUUAGGUAGACCAGGUAAUAAUUUAAAAUCAGGUAUUGUUGGUUUAGCAAAUGUCGGUAAAUCUACUUUUUUUCAAGCUAUAACUAGAUGUCCUCUUGGUAAUCCAGCAAAUUAUCCAUUUGCAACCAUUGAACCAGAAGAAGCAAGAGUUAUUGUUCCAUCAGAAAGAUUUGAUAAAUUAUGUGAAUUAUAUAAACCAAAAAGUGAAGUUCCUGCUUUCUUAACUGUUUAUGAUAUUGCGGGUUUAACAAAGGGAGCGCAUGCUGGUGAAGGUUUAGGUAAUAAUUUCUUAUCAAAUAUUAGAGCUGUUGAUUCUAUUUUUCAAAUGACUAGAUGUUUUGAUGAUGCAGAUAUUAUUCAUAUUAAUGAUGAAGUUAAUCCAAUUGCAGAUUUAGAUAUUAUUUUAGAUGAAUUAAGAUUAAAAGAUAUUGAAUUUGCUCAAAAAUAUUUGGAAGGUAUUGAAAAAAUUACUAAAAGAGGUGGUCAAUCAUUAGAAGUUAAACAAAAGAAAGAAGAAGCUGAAUUAGUUAAAAAAAUUAUCGAAUUAUUAGAAAGUGGUCAAAGAGUUGCUAAUCAAACUUGGACUGCAAAAGAAGUUAUUACAAUUAAUGAUAUGUUAUUACUAACUGCUAAACCAUGUAUCUACUUAAUUAAUUUAUCAGAAAAAGAUUAUAUUAGAAAAAAAAAUAAAUGGUUAUUAAAAAUUAAAGAAUGGGUUGAUAAAAAUUCUCCUGGUGAUAUGAUUGUUCCAAUUUCUGUAUCAUUUGAAGAAAAAUUAGCAAAUAUGUCAAGUGAUGAAGAAAGAGAAGCUUAUUGUAAAGAAGUCGGUGCUCAAUCUGCUUUACCUAAAAUUAUUAUUGCAAUGAGACAAAAAUUAGAUUUAAUAUCUUUCUUUACUGGUGGUCCAGACGAAGUUAGAGAAUGGACUAUUAGAAAAUGGUAUACUGCACCACAAGCUGCUGGUACUAUUCAUACAGAUUUAGAAAGAACUUUUAUAUUGGCUCAAGUUAUAAAAUAUCAAGAUUUAAUUGAACUUGGUGAUGAAGCAAGUGUUAAAGCUGCAGGUAAAUUAUUACAAAAGGGUAAAGAUUAUUUUGUUGAAGAUGGUGAUAUCAUUUAUGUCAAAGCUGCAGAAGGUAAAGCUAGAUAA